AUAAAAUUGACUGUUCUGAAUAAGAUGUCGGUGAUACUUGGCAGAGCUAUUAACAACUUGCAACGAGUUACUCGUCAAGCGUUGAGAUAUUGCACGGCGGUCGAAAAUCAAACGAAGAUUGAAGCUCAAACGAAAAUCGAAGAUGUGCCGAUUAUAUCCAGCCCACAGUACGACGACAGGGACACUUUGUAUCAAAAGGUUCGGCAAGCGUGGCUGGAAAAUUUAGAUACUCUGAAAGAAAAGAAACUGGGUUUGGUCACUUUGCAUCCAAAAGUUUACGCAACUACACCCCGUAUCGAUAUCAUUCACCAGAACGUGAGGUGGCAAAAACUGUAUCGCUUUGUGAGCUACGCGCACACGAAAACUCGUGCCGAGUGUAGAGGUGGUGGCAGAAAACCUUGGCCGCAGAAAGGUACAGGACGGGCUCGGCAUGGAAGUAUACGCAGUCCACUGUGGAAAGGCGGUGGAAUAGCGCAUGGACCUCGCUCCCCCACGCCGCAUUUUUUCAUGUUGCCAUUUCACAAGCGUGUACUGGGCCUUACGUCGACACUGUCCGCAAAACUUGCCCAGGACGAUUUACACGUAGUAAACUCGUUAGAAAUCCCGACAGCGGAGCCUUCCUAUAUAGAGCAGCUAAUAGAGGAGAGGAACUGGGGUCCGUCAGUUCUCUUUGUAGAUAGCUACGAUAUUAUGCCCGAGAACAUCACGUUAGCCACUGAUCAGAUUAAGCAUGUGAAUCUGAUGCCUGUUUAUGGUCUGAACGUGUACAGUAUGCUGAAACACAAUACUCUAGUGUUGACAGAGGCAGCAGCCAGAUUGAUAGAAGAGAAACUGCUUUUCCAGUUACGCAGAGCCGAUAUACAUCUUAUAGCAAAACCAUUCAAAGUUAAUCAGAAGUGAAAGAACGAUUUUUAAUGCAACUGAAAACUUAUGUUGUAUUAUUGGUUAUACAUAUGUACAAGUUGCUUAUAUACACAUUUUAAAUGCCUGUAUUGCUUAAGAAUAUUUAGUAUCAUUAAAACGAUCGUCACAU